AUGAGACAGGCAUAUGACUUUGAGCGUCUCCAUGAGCGUGUUCCCGGUGCCUCGGCUGGGGCAGCGGGUGGUCGUGGCCGCCGAGGAGCUGGCGGUCGUCGCAGAGGUGGUGGGGCUGGCAGAGGUGAUGAGGCUCCGUCGACUACAGAGAUCCAGCCGAGUUCUUACCGGCCGGCAACUACAGAUAUCCCAUCGACUUCUCAUUCCCGGCCGUCGACUUCACAGACACCUCUGUAUACGCCGGACCCUUUUUCAGGUUAUGUGCCCUGGCCUUCACUUUCACAUCCACCAGUUCGUGAUCCACAGGGUGAGCGGCCGGUUCGUGAUCUACAGGGUGGCCUACAUUUGCACUUCGACGACUCCAUGUUCGAGGACUUCGUGUUUGAUAUGGCACCAUCUGCAUCUCCUGCUCCGGGGGCCGCUCAGGAGCCCUCUCACCAGGCAUCUCAGGAGGCUGUCGACACACAGGUUCAUUGUUCUACGCCUGUGGGUCCACAGGAGCGACCCAUCCAGGAGACUACCUCAUAUUCACCACCACACCCAUCUCAGGAGCCUACUCAGGCGCCCGUUGACACACAAGUUCAUCCUUCGACGCCUGAGGUGGCAACUCCCAACUAGGUAGAGGUCGAGACACCAGACCUAACCCAGCCUAAGGUUCUGAGCGUGCCAGCGGGACCAGAUCCCAAGAAGAAGUACGUUCUAGUCAAGGGAGCACGGGCCAGGCGAAGAGAUAAUGAUCAUGACUUGGAGCGCACGGUUAUUAAGAGGAAAAAGGGCGAUGGAGACGAUGACGAGGGCGGUGGGGAUGGUAUGAGCCUUAGGCCUAGGGAUAGUCUCCGGCAUACUACAUGUGGGACCCAUCCUCGAUAGUGUAUAUACAUUAGUGUUGUAAAAUUUAUCGUAAAUAAUAUA